GAAAAACCCACAGAGAAGCAGACAUUUUUGUUUGCUAUGAUGGCAUUUAGACUGCUCCUGUCCUGUUUUCUUACAUCAGGGUUCAGUGCUGAGAUCUCUGUGUUUGUGCAGACAGGAGAUUCUGUUCAGCUGGAUAUACAGACACAAGAACUACCAGAGUUUGAUGAUUUAUCCUGGAAAAAAGAUAAAUCAGAGAAUAUAGUUAAAUAUACAAGUGAAUCUAAAAGAGUAAGACUUCACUCUUCCUACAAGGACAGAGUGGAUUUCAAUAAUAAAACCUUCUCUCUAACACUGAGGAACAUGCAGAAGAUAGACAGUGGAAUCUACACAGCAGUAGCAGCUGCAGAAUCAGACAACAACAUUGUUACAUACAGAGUAUCUGUUAUAGAUGCAGUGGAAGCUCCGGUCCUGACUGUAAACUCAAACUCAUCCAGUCCUAACCCCUGUAACUCUACAUGUAAUGGAAGUAACAUUAUCAUCAGCUUCAUCUAUGAUAGUAGCAGCUGUUCUCCAGAAAAAGUGACAUCAUCUGAUAACUACAUUCUAAGACUGAGCUGCAAUGGUGACUCCAUCAUGUGUAACUACAGCAACCCAGUGAGCUGGAAGACUGACACAAAGAAGGUUAAUGAACUCUGCACUGCUAAAACAGAAAAACAUGAAGAAGCACCUGCGUUUCCCCCUUGGGUCAUUUUUAUUUGUCUAAUCACACUGGCAUUGGCGGCAGUGAUCGGCUUCUGUAUUUACAAGAGGAAAAAAGGCACCCAGAAGAAUGAACAAACAAUCUACGCAGAAGUUGACGAGAACAUCAAGCCACAAAAGUCACUGGAGAUGUUGGAGAAAUCAGAUAAUCCUCAGACAGUGUAUGAUACUGCAAGAGAUUCAGGACAAACUGAUGUUACCAACCACACCACACCCAAUGACGACCCUAUGAAUCAGAGGUCAUCAUUCACAGAGAAGAGCAACCCAGAUGCACCAGUCACUAUCUACUGUGCUAUUCAGCAGCAACCAAAACCCCCCAAAACUGAAACUGAUCACACCAUUUAUGCUGCGGUCAAUAAACCAUCAGCCGGAUAUGAAUCUGCACAUCCACAAUCAGAAAAAAAGUGAACUUUUAACGAAGCUGAACCCUUAAUACAGGACAUCAUGUGUUCAGGAAGGCAUUGUUAUUCUCAGUGUAAAUAAGCAGCAUAUUUGUGAUAUGUAAUGUGCUGUUGAUUUGUAGUUGAUUUAGGGUGUUUAAAAUAUUUGUAUAUGCAAAUUUUGUCUUUUUUAAAGCAGCAGUGAAUGUAUUUUUUAUUGUAAAAUUGUUGUACAUGUGGCUCAAACAGAAAUGCAAAAUCUCAUGUGGUUUCUGUAGAUUUCUGUUGGAGAUUCCUCAUCGCCUUUGCAGGCAACACCUGAAAACCACUUCCUGGAAAGUAUUUUGAAGGGUUGCGUUCAUUUGCCCAUUCGCCCCCAUCCCUCUGAAAAACACACCGUUUAGUAUACAGAAAGUAAUGAGUAUGUAAUCAAAAAUGUACUGUACAAAACCACUUUGCACUAAAGAAAGUAACAAUUAUUGGACUCAAGUGCAUGGAUGUCAGUAACUGAACAGACAUCUGUGUACUGUAUCCAGUGUAGACAGCUUCAGUGAUUAUAAUGGGUCCUAUUUGCUUUUGAUGUGACACUCACGUCUGGUGUAAACAGGCCAUUAAGGGCUGGUCACACUACUUUGUGUUAUAUUUACUUCCAUUCAUACGGAUUUGAAUUCAGGAGACAGGAAACACAAUCUCUUGUCAAAUUUGCUGCGUUCCAAAGUUAAAAUCUGGUGAACUCUGCCCUGCAAGUUCAUAUCACAUGAAGAUGUGCCUAGUCAAGUCUAGUGUGACUGCAGCUUUAAGCAACUAAACGCCAGAGGACGGGGCAUAUGGUGCAAUGAUGUAUAACUAUUCUUCAAUAUCUUGCUCUAGAGGCAGUCAUAGAAGUCUUUUCUUGUUAAAUAAAUGCUUUUUUGAAGAGGUGGACUUUUGGAAGAGGAAGCCAUGAAACUUGGAGGAUGUUUUAAUGGUAUCUCUUAUAUGUGAAAAGAUCAAAGAAUUUGAUUAAAAAAAGUGAUUUUUCAUGUCAUGACCCCUUUACUUAUGUUGUACUGUUUCUCACUUUGCUUUAUAUUUUUGUCUUCAAUAAUGCAUGUAUUGAAUAGCUCUCUUUGUUCCAUUUCUUACGGUUUUAGCCUGUCCUCAUGUUUUGAACUUAAGUCAAUAAACUGUUC